CGGACCCUAGGGCAGUACGAGCUGACAGGACACUUACCUCCAAACACGAUCGUAUGACCCCAAGUUCCAGCCUGGACCUGGCUUGUGUGUCAAAUAAGCACGUGCUGUACAGGGUCUCAGCCUCUUCCAGCCCACAGUUACCCUAUCAGUCUACUCUCUACCCACUAUCAGUGACCACCUGGCAUCUCUACAUACAGACAGUGGUGGCCCCAGGCUGUCAUGUGGACUCGGCAGCACGUCUUAGUACGGACUGGAGCCCAUUGGAGUACUUUACAUUUGGAUCGACUUUAAUGUAAAGAAGCACCUUUGAACUUAAAUUGAAUAUUCAGGUGACUCUGCCCUUUUUGGACAGAAUCCAACCAAAGAGGAGAAUCAUUGUUUUUUACUGGAUCUGGAAAAUCUGAAAAAGUUGGUAAGUAUCUCAGUGAUAAUACAAUACAUUUCAAUUGGGAUGUAUUUUGGCUUUGGAAUUGAUUUUGAUUAUAUAUUUUUCCUCUUAUAAAUGUAUUGUAGACAGUCCAGGAUGCCUACUGGAUCAGUGAAAUUACACAGCAUCAAAAAGCUGGGAGAAGAAAACAAUGGUUUUGAUGAUGAAGGUACACCUGCAUAAAUAUGAUGACGUUCAAUUCAUGAUUCUGAUGUCAUUUUCCUGACAUAAACAAUGCUUUAGAAAAAUAUGAUAUACCUUUAUCAUCUCUUUAUUACAGAACCUAAUGAUGCAUACAUGUAAGUGCAUCUUCCUCAUAUAAAAAACAAAACACUUGUCAUUCUGUGUGAUUUGUGUUCUUGUUGGUAAAACUGAUAAAUUAAACAAAAGUUUAUGGAAUUUCUUAUCAUGUUUCUCAGAAUUGUGACACAUAAAAACAAGGUCACAUUUAAUAGUUUAUUUGUUUCUCUGCUGCAGGACGAUGGGGAACCCGAAACAGGACACAAAGUAAGUCCCGUUUCUCCUUCUACAUUCUUCCCCCUCAUGUCCUUAAGGCUUUGACUAAUGUCUCUGUGAUUGUCCCAGGCCUCCGAACAAGAAGAAUGAAGCUGCUAUCAGGAUUGGCUUCUUUCAGCUGGUAAAGUCCUUUGUUUGUGUUUUUUUUCCCCAUAAAGAUAAAACAAAACAGUAUCUAACUCUAUGGUUCCUUCAGUGAAGUCACUGUGCGGUUGUUUAGUGUGAAGGUCACAUGAAGACAUUUUUAUUUGAUCUCAGUUUGUAUUUGUGUGGGAGAGCUGGUUCAUAACUCUUGUACAUAAGAACUUUAAACCACAACUGGAUUGGAAAUCUUCAGAAACGGGUACAAGAAUGGUAGGUACAUUAUGAGAAUGGGGCAUCAUGGGCCAGCCUCAUCACACACAGGCAGGUUCCCAUGGGGUGCCUAUGUUUUGACAAUGACUAUAUGAAAAUCUACAUAGUUACAGUGGUUAAAGCAUGCAUAUUUUGUCCAGGUAUUACAUUCUGAGAUGGUAGGUCAGAUUGACAGAACACCUGUUAUGAUGACUGACCCAUUGGGUUUGGUGUGUGUGUGUGUGUGUGUGUGUGUGUGUAUUUACAGUUCCGUUUCGCCACUUGCCGGGAGACCCUGAUGAUGGUGGGGGGUAGUGUGUGUGCCUUCCUCCACGGUUCCGCCCAGCCUCUCAUGCUGCUGGUGUUCGGGAUGCUCACCGACACCUUCAUCGAGUACGAUAUCGAGUUACAGGAGCUCCUGGACCCCAGGAAGGAAUGUAUCAACAACACCAUACAGUGGAAGAACCAGUCAGUAUGGACAGACUGGCUGGACAGCAAUAAGACUGAUAAGAUGAAGAAUUUAACAUGUGGGUAAGUCCUAUUCGUUGCUGCACACGAGUAGGACGUUGCUAUACAUGUCAUUUCUAUAUCAAGGAUUAAGGAUAGAAAGAUGUAUUUUAUUUGACAAGUAUAGUAGCCUACUGUCAUUGGCAGGUUACACAGGGAAAAUGUUCUCCUUAUGUAUUUUAGGGUAAGGUUAGGGUCUUCUUGUUGUCUCAAGCUGUUGUCUUUUGUAAUUAUUGUACAGAUGUAGAAUCUUAAUUUGAUCACCCUGUUGCAGGAGAACUUUCCUGCAACGCAGGAUAUUUAAAACCUGUAGUGUAAUUGAGGUUUAAAAAGUCUUCUGAAGUUUGUAAUUUCCACUUUGAAAUUUCAGACUUGAUUUUCCCUUACGAAAAAUGUAUCAACCCCUACAAAAAUGUCCAUUAAUUAUAAUCCAUAUUAUAAUUCACAUUCCCUGUAGCUGCAGGAUUAUUUUCCUGCUGUAGCAAACUGCCUCAAAUUAAGAUCCUACAUCUGUAUGACACUCAUUUUCAGGCUUCUGGACAUUGAGUAUGAGAUGACCAAUUUUGCCUACUAUUACGUUGCCAUUGGAUGCGCAGUUUUCUUGCUAGGAUACCUUCAAGUAAGUAUAUAGUUUGCAUCAACAUACUGAGUUCAAGCAGUUUGAUGGCAGAGUGCUAGAUCUUGGUUGCCCUAUUUUUAUUUUCGUAUGUGUUAGAUCUCGUUGUGGGUGACGUCUGCAGCGCGACAGAUCCAGGUCAUCAGGAAGAUGUACUUCAGGAAGGUAAUGAGGAUGGAGAUUGGCUGGUUCGACUGCAACUCGACUGGAGAGUUAAACACACGCAUGUCAGAGUAAGAGAAAACACAAGCCAAAUUCCCUUUUUAGGUUUUAAUAGAAAAAGUUCUGGGAAUGCUUUGCAUUUCUUAUCAUGCUUAAGAGCAAUACAGAUGUAGGAUCUUAAUUUGAUCACUCUUUUGUUGCUGAGAAUUUUCCUGCACAGCAGGAAAUGUAAACUUGUAGUGUAUUUGAGUUUUAAAAGGGAAAUUCUGCAGUAUAAAGGUACUCGGAUCCAAUAAUCUCGUUCCCUGGUGGGCGUUGAAAUUUCAGACCUACAAAAAUGUCCAUUAAUUAUCGUCCACAUAAUAAUUCACAUUUCCAGUUGCUGCAGGAUUAUUUUCCUGCUGUAGCAAACUGGCUCAAAUUAAGAAUCUACAUCUGUAGUUGUUCUUGAACUUGUGAUCUGACCUGGAAAUACGUUAAUGAUUCUCAUGAUUCUAUCUGUGGUGUGCCCCGCUAUUUCACAGCGACAUCAACAAGAUCAAUGACGCCAUUGCGGAUCAAGUGAGCAUCUUUAUCCAGCGAUUCACCACCUUUGUGUGCGGUUUUGCGAUGGGCUUUGUGAAGGGAUGGAAGUUAACGCUCGUCAUCAUCGCAGCCAGCCCUCUCAUUGGAGUAGGGGCCGCCCUCAUGGCUCUGGUAGGACGGUCAACGUCAAUCAAUGUGGUCACUUCCUAUCCCAAUAUUCUGAAAUGGUCCCUUCCCUCCUCUCCGUUUUAAUUGUGAUCACUCUGUUAGGAAGGGAUAGAUGAAAGCAAUUUACUAGUGGCGACUUCGUAAAGGAGACAAUGAAAGUUAAAGGCGACAAGGAAGGCUCAUUUAUGAGUAUUAGGACUAGGCCUAUGAUUUACAUUGUUCAUUUACUAUGUGUCGAUUCUCAUUGAGCUCCAUUGAGGUGGCAGUUAGUAAGUGUACUGUACUGACUGCACCUUUCUCCUUACCUCCUCUGCUCUCGUCUAGUUUGUGGCCAAGCUGACGGGUCAGGAGCUGCUGGCCUAUGCCAAGGCUGGAGCCGUGGCCGACGAGGUGCUCACCUCCAUCAGAACGGUGGCCGCUUUCGGAGGAGAGCUGAAGGAAGUGGAGAGGUGACAUAAUGACAUGACUGAAACUGCCCCAACAUUGUCUUCUUUAGUUACGUGCUGAAUUUGUAUGUGUCAAUACUCGACAGCCAAAUUUCACAUUCUUUACCUUGAUCAGCCUCACUAUAUAGUGUUUAAUUCCAUUAAUUGUUUUCUCCUUAAGGGGCAACUAUUAUCACCACCUUACAUAUUAUAUGCAGUGCUGGGCCUCUAUCCCAGUUUAAAGUGACGCUCCAGAACCUUUGUAUAAUUUCAUCCAGUAGUUUUAACAGUAGUGCUCACGAGCCAAAACGGGUCCCUGUUUUUUGUGUACUACGUCAUCCAAUUGUGUACUACAUCAUCCAUUUAGUAUGAUAUGUUACGUCCCAAAAAAAUCAUAAUACUUUGUUGGAAUUCGAAUGAUAUGUUACGAAUCCAAUUCGUAUGAUAUGUUAUGAAUUUUUUAUGCUUAAGAUCCCGGAUUGCAUCUUUAACCCUCUAUCCCUUUCUCUCUCUCCCAGGUAUGACAAGAACCUGAUCUCAGCUCAGCGUUGGGGCAUCAGGAAGGGCCUGAUCAUGGGCUUCUUCACAGGCUACAUGUGGUUUAUCAUCUUCCUGUGUUACGCCCUGGCCUUCUGGUACGGAUCCAGCCUAGUGGUGGACACACAGGAGUACAGCCCCGGAACACUGCUACAGGUACUAUUCUGUAACCAUAACAGUCGAUACGAUUCAAGGACGAUAUUGGUUCAUUUAGAACGAUACGAUCCGAAACGAUUCAGUGACUUGAAAUCGAUUCAGUAACCUUUUAGCCAAAAAUUCAACCAGUGUGACUGAAAUAAAUACCUGGUAACCAGUUGCAUUUUAAUGGCUGGCAAUAGUCUUGAUAUUUUUAACAGUGUUUCAUGCCUCCAUGCAGACCAUCUGGUAUUAUGAAACUUACCCAUACCUACGUUGACAGCAGCCCCGUCUGUGCACACAUCCAAGCCUGUGUCCUGGAAAAGUCUCACAAGUCCGUCUGUUAUGGCCUGUGCGGUUCGGUCAGCACCCAAUUCAAUCAGUCCAAUAAAGUCUGAAGUAAACUCUCCGUUGCUGGACACAGACACAAUGUAAACUAUUUCCUGCUCAGUUUUUGUGAUGUCCUCAGAUCCAUCAAAAAGCAUUCAGUAAAGGAACAUCCUCAGAAUAGGAAGACAUGGGACGUGCGUGUUUAGCUUUAUGCAUUUAUUCUCGGCUAGCUUUUAGCAAUGGCUUGCGCCACAUUCGUGUGCUCCUUGCUCUUUUCAUGUUGGUCAAAUAAAGGAUGGUUGAAAUUCUUUGAGCCUUUAUAAAAUGCACCUGUUUUGUCUGCUAGAUGUGGAUUUGAGCGGCAAAUCUUGCACCACAUUUCAGUGCGCUCAUCGUUAGCUUCAAGCCACUGCACAUCUUGGAGCCACUUUUCCGAAAAAAGUAUUUUCUUCGGCUCUGGCUCCAGUUGGCGUUUCUUUGUAGGUGGCGAAACGCCAAAAAGGCUGCUUAAUGUCUGUUGCUUUUUGGACAUCCCUGACAGUAGUUGACAAGCAACAUGUCAUGUGUAAGGUUAGAUGAGAAGAUCGGUCAAGUACGCAAAGGCGCGUAGUAACACAAGUGGCAUUACGCAUUCCUGAUUUUUGUCGCGCUUGCGUAUCUGCGUACCAGUUAUGUGCACCCCUGCAUAUAAAGUCUGACGUGCUUAAAUCCAAUGAAGGUAUACUUUAUAAAGGGUCCAUAUGUAGUUCAGUUAUAGACUAUUAAUCACAUUUAUUUGGUUUAUGAAUUAAUAAUAAACAGUUAGAACUUAAAAACGAAUGAUCACCUCAUCUGUCCUGUGCACUGUCUUGUCUGUCAUUGCAGGUUUUCUUUGGUGUGCUGAUAGCAGCCCUGAACUUAGGGCAGGCAUCUCCAUGUCUGGAGGCCUUUGCUGCAGGAAGAGGAGCUGCUACCAUCAUCUUUGAGACCAUCGACAGGGUAGGAAUCUCAGCACUGUUGGAGAAUUUCAUUGAGCAUUCAAUUGACUGUGUGUGAACGCUCACUUUAAACAGCCAUGAUGGUUAACACUGCCAUUUGUCUGGCUGUGUCACUGUGUCUAGGAGCCGGACAUCGACUGCCUCUCAGAAGCAGGCUACAAACUGGACAAGGUCAAAGGGGACAUUGAGUUCCAUAACGUCACCUUUCACUACCCAUCCAGACCUGAAGUCGUGGUACUGUGGCUUAGUAUUUCCUAUGACGAUGGCAUGCAUCUGAUUAUUGUAUCGCAGAGUGAUUGUGGAAUAUUUCCUUAAAGAUGCAGUCUGUCAUUUGCUGGUCUUUGUGCCGUGUCAGAUCCUGGACCAGCUGAGUGUUGCGGUGAAGUCUGGCGAGACGACCGCCUUUGUGGGGCCCAGUGGAGCUGGGAAGAGUACCGCCGUGCAGCUCAUCCAACGCUUCUACGACCCCAAGGAGGGCAUGGUAUGUUAACUUCCCUUACUACAGUGAAAUGCUUACUUACAGCCCUUAACCAACAGUGCAUUUAUUUUAAACAAAAAAAGUAAAAAUAAAAAUAAAAAAAUAAAAAGUGUUGAGAAAAGAAAAGAGCAGAAGUAAAAUAAAGUGACAGAAGGGAGGCUAUAUAUACAGGGGGGUACCGUUGCAGAGUCAAUGUGCGGGGGCACCGGCUAGUUGAGGUAGUUGAGGUAAUAUGUACAUGUGGGUAGAGUUAAAGUGACUAUGCAUAAAUACUUAACAGAGUAGCAGCAGCGUAAAAAGGAUGGGGUGGGGGGGCAGUGCAAAUAGUCCGGGUAGCCAUGAUUAGCUGUUCAGGAGUCUUAUGGCUUGGGGGUAGAAGCUGUUGAGAAGUCUUUUGGACCUAGACUUGGCACUCCGGUACCGCUUGCCGUGUGGUAGCAGAGAGAACAGUCUAUGACUAGGGUGGCUGGAGUCUUUGACAAUUUUGAGGGCCUUCCUCUGACACCGCCUGGUAUAGAGGUCCUAUUAACAUGAUGUAACACAUUUGUAAAAUACUACUACUAUCAAUACAAAUGUGCACCUACACUAAAGUGUAUCACUGAGAGAGUCUUUAGAGGAAAUAGUGUAGAGACAUUUGAAAUGUCCCUCUCUUUCUCCCUGUUUAUGCCUUGUCUCAGGUGACCUUGGAUGGCCAUGACAUCAGAGGCCUGAACAUCCAAUGGCUGCGUUCAUUGAUGGGCAUCGUGGAGCAGGAACCCGUGCUGUUCGCCACAACCAUCGCCGAGAACAUCCGCUACGGUCGCCCCGGAGUCACCCUGGAGGACAUCAUCCACGCCACCAAGGAGGCUAAUGCCUACAACUUUAUCAUGGACCUACCACAGGUGAGGUUGACAGCAUUUAGCAUGCUAUACAUUGAGGGCUAACAUUACAACGAUAGUCUGAUCUGGAACCCAGACUACUUAUUUGUGACUUUUGUCUCCAGUGUUUUUUGAAAGGCUUAAAAACGUUCAACAUUGCUGACUCAACAUGACAUAUUUUUACUAUGUACUGUCACAUGGCCUAUCAGUUCAAUGACAUAAAGACGUGUGAUUGAUGCGACAGAAAUUUGACACGCUGGUGGGAGAGGGCGGAGGUCAGAUGAGCGGCGGUCAGAAGCAGCGUAUCGCCAUCGCCCGGGCCCUGGUCAGGAACCCCCGGAUCCUACUGCUGGACAUGGCCACCUCCGCUCUGGACAAUGAGAGUGAGGCUGUGGUGCAGGAGGCUCUGGACAAAGUGAGUGGCUGCAUCUCAAAUGUCACCCUAUUCCCUAUAUAAAGCAGUUAUUUUGACCAGGAAGUGUCUUUGCUGGGAUCAAUUAAUUAUAGUUAGGAUAACUCUUCUGAUAGAUUGUUUGUAUAUCAACAUGAUCAGACCUAAGUACGUGACAAAUAGUAGAAGAAUAACCAUGUAAAUAACCGUAUUUACAGUAGCUAGGUAGGAUAACGGUCUCAUGUUUAUCUCCUGUAAGGUCCGCAAUGGCCGCACCACCAUCUCCAUAGCCCAUCGCCUGUCCACCAUUAAGAACGCGGACGUGAUCGUGGGCUACGAGCAUGGGCGGGCGGUGGAGAGGGGCAAGCAUGAUGAGCUGCUGGAGAGGAAGGGUGUUUACUUCACUCUGGUCACCCUACAGAGCCAAGGAGACAAGGCUCUCAACCAGAAGGCCAGACAGAGUAGGUCUCUAUGGGAUCAAUGCAUCCCCAUCCUCUGCCAAAAUUCUAAAGUUGACUUGCGCACACUUUCGUCAACAUAAAAAAAGUAUUAAGAGAGAAAUAAUUUGCAGGAACACUUUUAACCAAACAUUUCUUAUAACAUUUUGUAUAAUAACCUCCUUCCUUUUGCUGUGUCAGUGGCAGGCAACGACGAGGCUGAGAAGAAGAGUCUGUCCAGGGCCGGGAGUUACAGGGCCAGUCUCAGGUACUGUAGAACUACAUCUCUCAUGAUGCACUUCACAUCCUUUUCACAAGGCCUCACUCACAUCUGGUUACAUUGAAUCUGACACACAUCUGGGUGAAGCACGGCAGACAUUUUGUGCCAGAAUGCUGACUGAUGGUGUCAUUUUGCAUCUCGGUAGUGCAUUGACUUGGUGCUUGUGUGUUGUUGUGCAGAGCCUCUAUCAGGAAGAGGACUCGCUCACAGCUGUCCAACCUCAUUCCAGAAGCAGAAUCCUUCAUAUCUCAGGCAGACGCGGGCAAGGUCAGUGUGUGUGUGUGUGUGUGUGUGCACGCGUGCAUGCGUGCGUGUGUGUGUGUGUGUUUGAGUGAAGGAGGUUGGUAUGGGAGUCAUCAACAGGGUUAAACGGGGGUACUUGCCACUUACCCUUUCCCAGUAAUCUACAGUUUACACAUGCAUUUGUUAUGCAUGUAUCCAUGUAUAUUUGUGUCCAUGUCUUUAUGUGUCCAGAGUGCCUUUGUGGAGGAGGAGGAGGUGGAGGAGCUUGUUGAGCCUGCUCCAGUGACCAGGAUCCUGAAGUACAACGCCCCUGAGUGGCCCUACAUGCUGUUUGGAACCAUCGGAGCAGCUGUCAACGGAGGAGUCAACCCAGUGUACUCCCUGCUCUUCAGUCAGAUUCUGGCGGUAUGGUGGAGGGGUGUAGUAUUGACCAAGACAGUCUUCAUUGAAUAUCGGUUAAUUAGCUUAAUCAGUGUAUGUGUGUGUGUGUUCUUGCAGACAUUCUCCAUACCAGACCCAGAGGCUCAGAGGAGGGAGAUCAAUGGUAUCUGCAUGUUCUUUGUGCUGGUCGGAGUGACUUCCUUCAUCACCCAGAUGCUCCAAGUACAUGUCCCUCCCUCCCUCCCUCCCUCCCUCCCUCCCUCCCUCCCUCCCUCCCUCCCUCCCUCCCUCCCUCCUUCCUUUCCUUUAUGUUCACCUGUCUUUUUUUACUUGAUCUAAAAUACAUAUUUAAUCUUCACAUCAACCGGAUCCUUUCUCCUGCUUGUCUAAACUCUGUGAAAAAGAGAAGCCUAUUUCUCAGUGUUUUUGUCAUUCAUAUUCCAUGUUUCCCUUAACCUGAUCUGAUGGUGUCGGUGUCUCCACCAGGGCUAUGCCUUCUCGAAGUCUGGGGAGCUGCUGACACGGCGCUUGAGGAGGAUGGGUUUCCACGCCAUGUUGGGUCAGGAGGUGGGCUGGUUCGAUGACCACAGGAACAGCCCCGGGGCUCUGACCACACGGCUGGCCACUGACGCCUCCCAGGUCCAAGGGGUCAGUAUGGACCUCAUUUGGUCCUCAUACCCUAGGGCAGUUACCAGACCCCAGACCAAAUAGUAUUAGUGUCUUUCAAAUACUUGAUUUAAUGGAGUGCUAUGGAACCAAUGCAGUAGACCCAAAAGCAAACCUCACCCAUCUGGCAUUCUGGGUAAAUAACCUAUAACCUAUUCCCUCGUCCUCUCCUAGGCCACGGGCUCUCAGAUCGGCAUGAUCGUCAACUCUCUGACCAACAUUGGCGUGGCCGUCAUCAUCUCCUUCUACUUCAGCUGGAAGCUCAGCCUGGUCAUCAUGUGCUUCCUGCCCUUCCUGGCUCUGUCCGGAGGCUUCCAGGCUAAGAUGCUCACUGGCUUCGCCAAGCAGGACAAACAGGCCAUGGAGGAUGCAGGACGGGUAGGCUACAGUACUCCACUGACUCACUGGCCAGGGCUGUUUAUAACAUAGGCUGGAGUCACACAGUGCUACUGUGACUGGAAGUGAAUUGUCAUUGACGCAAGGUUGUACACUAACUUCUCACAUUAGUUAUCAAUACUUUAUCAAAAUCUUUCUCGAAAGCUUCUGUUAGGGUCAUUCAAGCAAAGUCACUACCACAGAACUUCCCUUGUGUCAUAUUCUAAGAUAUUUCAGCCUGUAACUAUUGUAUUGUCUGUGUUAUAGACAUCCUGAAACCUUGUCACAGUAAACCCACUGGAGAGAUAUCUUACAGUGUGGUAGAGAUAAUGCGUAUAGUUCCUGUACUGUAUACAGUUCCUACUUCCUGUUCUAGACUUACAAGGUGGUAGUGGUGGGUGGUUGUGAUAUCUCUGUGGUAUCUUUUGUAGAUCUCAGGAGAGGCCCUGAACAACAUCCGCACCAUCGCGGGGCUGGGGAAGGAACAGAGCUUUGUGGAGAUGUACGAGGCUCAUCUGGAGGCUCCGUACCAGGCCGCCAAGCAGAAGGCCAACGUGUACGGCGCCUGCUACGGCUUCGCCCAGUGUGUCGUUUUCAUGGCCAACAGCGCCUCCUACAGGUUUGGAGGGUACCUGGUGCGCCAGGAGGGCCUCCACUUCAGCCUGGUCUUCAGGUGAGAGAAACUGUAUGCCUGCCUGUCCGUCUGCCUGUCUGCCUGCAUACCUGUCAACAACAUAAACAGACCAUGAAAUCACAUUGUCCAUGUAUUCCAUUACCUUGACUAAACCCCAUUGUCUCUCUGUGAUUGGUUCAGAGUGAUCUCAGCCAUAGUGACCAGUGGCACAGCGCUGGGCCGAGCCUCUUCCUACACCCCAGACUACGCCAAGGCCAAGAUCUCAGCUGCCCGCUUCUUCCAGCUCCUCGACCGCGUGCCAAAGAUCAGCGUCUACAGCAACGAGGGGGACAAAUGGGUAAACGUCACACACAAACACACGCACGCACUCACUCUCUCUCUCGCUCACGCCCCCUCUCUCUCUCGUCCAGCCUGAUUUCAGAGGGAACUUAGAGUUCAUUGACUGUAAGUUCACAUACCCGACCCGGCCAGACAUCCAGGUGCUGAACGGCCUCAACGUGUCGGUGAAGCCCGGCCAGACGCUGGCCUUCGUGGGCAGCAGCGGCUGUGGGAAGAGCACCAGCGUCCAGUUACUGGAGAGGUUCUAUGACCCCGACCAGGGCAAAGUGGUGAGUCCUCAGUUUCUCUCAGCAGCACGUCAUAUCCCCAUUUGUGUCUCUAGAGGUAUAGAGACUAUAAGAUGAUGGGGUAUCCUGGGAGCUGGAUUAGUUCACAGGAUAGUUGACUGGAUUUUCCACGUUGCAUUGCAGAUUAUUGAUGGCCAUGACUCGACUCAGGUCAACGUCUCGUACCUGCGCUCCAAGAUCGGCAUUGUAUCCCAGGAGCCCAUUCUGUUUGACUGCAGCAUCGGAGACAACAUCAAGUACGGAGACAACCUGCGCGAAGUCAGCAUGAAUGACAUCAUCUCCGCAUCCAAGAAAGCCCAACUCCAUGACUUUGUCAUGACGCUACCUGAGGUAAUGCUGCUGUCAGUGUACUAACUUAAAACAACACUGUCAGUGUACAAACUUAAAACAAGACUUAAAACAACCCUGUCAGUCUACUAACGUAAAACAACACUGUCAGUGUACUAACUUAAAACAACACUGUCAGUCUACUAACUUAAAACAACACUGUCAGUGUACUAACUUAAAACAACACUGUCAGUGUACUAACUUAAAACAAUACUGUCAGUGUACUAACUUAAAACGACACAAAAUUCCACUGAGUGUAGCACAUUAUGAAAAACGCUACGUGUAGUAUUCAUAAAUCAGUUUUCGGCCAGUACUUUAACAUCGUUGUUUCUAUCAAAGAUACCUGCACACUAGACCAAAACAACACUGUCAAUUCACAAACACACUCUCACAACACAACCUGUCAACUAACUUGCAUCUAUAGUCUCUUUUAGACACCCGUAGUCUUAAUUAAACUUCUUCUAGAAAACACACCAAGUUCCCACUCACAACCCUCGAGGACACAAAACACACGCAUUCAGGGCUUAUGAACCCAAGAUCUCUAUUAGACAGGCAACUUAACACACUGCGACAACGAAGCAAAGGUAAUGUCUCAUGACAACCGUCCUGUCAUCACACAAAGAAGACGUCUGACAGACAAACAGAUUUAAUUAUAACACAUUCUGUCCAUUUACAAAACAUUAGUGAGCAAUGGCAAGCAUGCAAUUGCCUGAACUAGGCCAUGUAGAGCAGAGGUCAGUUAAUCAAUAAUCAAUGGUCAGGGUGACUUGAAACCAAAUGUCAGUGGCUCUAGCGUUACCGCGCAGUGUUAUUACAGACAGUCAAGAGGCUGGAUAAACAGAGAGGAGGACGAACUGUCGUAUACUUAACCUGUCUCACAACUCAGAAACUCAACAUGUCAAUGUACUAUUAUACCAGCUUCGUCACUAAAACACGGACACAUACAAAGCUCAUGCCCUCAAGCUAUUACAACUGUCACACCGGGCAAAUCAGCUAACAUUCGAUCAUGGUUAUAGGCAGCCAGUUAAAUCGUUGUUCAAGGUCUCACACAGUCAUCAUGUAGUUUUUUGCCAAAACGUCACAAACUCUGUGGUUAUAGGCUGCACGAUAUCCUGUGUUCAUCGUGUUUUAAAUUUAAACCAGAAAUACGACACAACGUGGGUUUAAUUUAUACAGAUCUCGCCCAUUUCAAAAUAGACUUGCCUGGCGAGAGCAAAGGUAAUGUCAUCAAUGUUGCCGAGCCGUAACAUGACAAUGAUAGAUUUAAUUUAUACCGAUCGUCCAUUUCAAAUAGAAUUAGUGCGAGGCAAGCAUGCAAUUUGCCUGAGCCGUAGGUCCAUUGUAUGAGGCAGAGGCAUUAAUCAAGUAAUCAUGGUGAGUCAUGGGUGAUUGUGAAAUCCGCUCAAAGGUUUGUGUGUGUGUGCGUGUGCGCGCGCAUGUGUGUGUGUUACAGACGGUGCAAGAGGCGCUGGAUAAAGCGAGGGAGGGCCGAACCUGCAUCGUCAUCGCUCACCGUCUCUCCACCAUCCAGAACUCUGACAUAAUCGCUGUUAUGUCCAGGGGCUUCGUCAUCGAACAGGGACCACAUGACAAGCUCAUGGCCCUCAAAGGGGCCUAUUACAAACUUGUCACCACCGGUGCACCAAUCAGCUAACUCAUCAGGGUUAUAGGAGCCAAACCAGGAAAUGCCUGUUCAGGUCAUCACACCAGGUCAUGUAGUAUUUAUUCUGCAGAAGCGUCACACACUCUUUGGUUUUAAUUGGUGGAGAUAUCAUGCUGUGUAUUCAUUUGUUGUUGUUACAUUUAAACAGAACUAUGACUGGUAUGCAUUCAUUACAUGUAUAUACUGGGGCGUACUAAAGGAACGAUUAGUUAAAUUACUUUGUUGAGUACAUGUAUUCAAGGUGGGCUUUCAGGUGUUCAGUAAUUAUGUCCUAUUAAUUGUCUUACGUUGACACAGGUCAGUGUUAAGUCUGAGACAUACUGUAGGUCUGAGUGGCUAUCUUUGAUCUUUUACUUGUUUAUUUUUUUUAGUAAUUAACUGUAUUGCAUAAGAUUAAAUUGAAUGCUAAUAUCUACAUUGAGGGUAUAAAGUAACUGUUUACGAUUGUCUACCGUUUGGACUGUGUUUUCCAUUAUACAUUUAUGACUUUAAAUGUUUUGGAUUUGAAAUUGAACCUUUUUUGUAAUGUAUUCCUCAGAUGUUUAUUCUUUCAAACAAAUAUGGUGCAUUUAAAUUGCCUGCAGACGAUAAUCCAUUCUAGAAUAGUUGAUUUUCCUUCGUUAAAGGUUACCAUAACAGACUCAUUGAAGAGCCUGUGGCAGACUAGUACUACAGUAUUCCCUUCACCAGGUCUUGUUGAUGCUUCCAGGACUGACACUGUGACACCCUGACCUGAGACCAGGACGAGAUUUGCUGCAUCCAUCCAUCAGCGGUAAUGUGUGAUCACACAACUCUGACCUUAUUGGAUGCAUCCCAGAUUCUCAGCACCCAGACAGGGGUGAAUUAGUAUGCCGGUGAAGCAAUAUAAUCUCCCGGCUCUCUGCUCACAAUCCGUCUGCUUAGAGGACACUAUUUGACUUUGUGCCAUGUAGAGUCAAUACAAUAUUGAUUGAUACCGGUGCGCCUUAGACAGGUGCUGGAAUCAAGUGUGGUGGUGAGUGUCGAGAUUUUCAUCUCUACGUAUAUAAUGCUCCAACUAUACCUUAUUGUCUCCUCUAACGUACAGGAUAUGUACUCUCACGUCAUAUACUGUCUCUGUCCUGCUGUCCUAGACUGUCUGUACUAUGUCCUACUGUAUCAUACUAGCCUAUUAUUAUCCCUCGCUUAAGCUGCUCACAUCUAUACUCAUCGCUAUAGUCCUAUAUCCUAGCCUAUACUGGCCUAAGAUUCUAAGUCCUAUACUGUCUCUGCCUACUAGUCCAUAUUUAUGUCUACGUCCCUACUAGUCCUAAUCUCCACUAGUCUUAUGUCUCUACUAGUCCAUAUUACUAGUCUAUCUGUCUCGCUACUAGUCUCUAUUAUAUGUCUCUAUAUGUCCUGUACCCUACUAGUCCUAUACUGUCUCUUCCUACUAGUCCUAUACUGUCUCUGUCCUACUAGUCCUAUACUGUCUCUGUCCUACUAGUCCUAUUCUCUCACUAGUCCUAUAUGUCUCCUACUAGUCCUAUAUGUCUCUUCCUACUAGUCCUAUACUGUUCUGUCCUACUAGUCCUAGUCUCUUCAUACUUUAUGUCUCUGUCCCUACUAGUCCUAUACUGUCUCUGUCCUACUAGUCCUAUACUGUCUCUGCUCUACUAGUCCUAUAUCUUUAGUCUAACUCUCCUACUAGUCCUAUACUGUCUCUGUCCUACUAGUCCUAUACUGUCUCUGUCCUCUAGCUAUGUCCUAUUAUACUGUCUCCUACUAGUCCUAUAUUCUCUUCCUACUAGUCCUAUACUGUUCUCCUACUAGUCCUAUACUGUCUCCUGUCCUAACUAGUCCUAUACUGUCUCUGUCCUACUAGUCCUAUACUGUCUCUGUCCUACUAGUCCUAUACUGUCCUCUGUCCUACUAGUCCUAUACUGUCUCUGUCCUACUAGUCCUAUACUGUCUCUCACUACUAGUCCUAUACUGUCUAUUUCCUACUAGUCCUAUACUUCGUCUCCUACUAGUCCUAACUGUCUCUGUCCUACUAGUCCUAUACUGUCUCGUCCUACUAGUCCUAUACUGUCUCUGUCCUACUAGUCCUAUACUGUCUCUGUCCUACUAGUCCUAUUACUGUCUGUCCUACUAGUCCUAUACUGUCUCUCUCUAGUCCUAUACUGUCUUCCUACUAGUCCUAUCUGUCUCUCUAUGUCCUACUGUCCUCCUACUAUGUUCUGUCUGUCCUACUAGUCCUAUCUGUCUCUGUCCUACUAGUCCUAUACUGUCUCUGUCCUACUAGUCCUAUACUGUCUCUGCUACUAGUCCUAUCUGUCUCUGUCCUACUAGUCCUAUACUGUCUCUGUCCUACUGUCCAUAUUACUUCUGUCCUACUAGUCCUACUACUGUCUUCCUACUAGUUGUCCUAGUCUACUGUCCUCUAUAGUCCUAUACUGUCUCUGUCCUACUAGUCCAUAUACUACGUCUCUGUCUCUACUAGUCCUAUACUGUCUCUGUCCUACUAGUCCUAUACUGUCUCUGUCCUACUAGUCCUAUUCUGUCUCUGUCCUACUAGUCCUAUAUUGUCUCUCCUAUUCUUCUCUCCAUCUGCCUCAGCCUCCACCCCGGUGA